UUGGAAGAUGUGUUUGUUUCGGAUCAUCUGCCCAUUUAUCUGGAAUGUAACCUAAACACUGUAAGGCCUAAGCUGUUGAUUCAUGAAGUGCGGCGUAGUGCAGUGAUUUGGGGCGAAAGAGAUGAAUCUCAGAUAAAUAGAUACCGCAACCUAUGUAAUAACAGCUUACGGGAGGUCGACUUUCCUCCUGAGUUUGGGAAAUGCAGCCAUGGGUCAUGCAGCUUGGAAAACCACAAGUUAGUUUUGGACAGCUUUUAUAAACGUAUUGUGGAUAUUCUGCAAGACGCAGCCGUUCAGACCAAGCCCCAGCUUAGAGAUAAACCACGGAGGAACAAGGUCUUGAGUGGGUGGAACAAGUACGUUAGGGAAGCUCACCGGGAGGCCAGGCUUCGUUUCCAAAACUGGGUUUUGCAUAGUCGACCUCCUUCUGGCCUAAUAUAUGAGCAAAUGUGUGAAUCUCGUAAGAUCUUUAAAGGCAGACUCAAAUGGUGCUUAAAUAACCAGGAGCAAAUAAAAAUGGACCAAAUAGCAAAACUAAGAGCGGAACAGAAUUUCAGUAAGUUCUGGAAAUCCACAGGGAAACUGAAUGUUAGGCCUGGACUCCCGGCGAGUGUCGAUAGCAAAAAUGAUCCGGGGGAUAUCGCAAAUUUGCUCAUGGAGCAUUUUAAGGUGAGGUCUCCACUUGGUCCAUCUGCUACCAGGACCGAGUCUGGGCCCGCCGUGCACGGGGAGAGACCGUUGCUUUUGUUUACAACCGGCCAAGUAAAAGAUGUAAUAAAAGGGAUGAGCAGAGGAAAGUCUCCCGGUCACGACGGGCUUAGUAUCGAGCACCUUAAAUAUGCAGGGGUGCAUUUGCCGAGGGUCCUGUCCCUGUUUUUCAAUAUGUGCAUCAGCCACUCAUACUUACCAGCUGAUCUAAUGAAAACUACUGUUGUGCCCAUAGUGAAGAACAGGACAGGAGAUAUCUCGGAUAAGAGAAACUAUCGCCCAAUCUCCCUCGCUACUACGAUAGCUAAGAUAUUGGAUAGUCUGCUUGACUCUUGCUUACAAAAUUACUUACACCUACACGAUGCGCAGUUCGGUUUCCGGCCCGGACUAUCGACUGAAAGCGCAAUUUUGAGCCUCAAGCAUACUGUGCAAUAUUACACAGACCGGAGAACUCCUGUUUACGCCUGUUUUCUGGACCUCUCCAAAGCCUUCGAUCUCGUCUCAUAUGAUGUACUUUGGAGGAAGAUGGAGGACAGGGGUAUUCCAGCAGAGAUAAUCAAUAUCUUUCGGUAUUGGUAUGCAAAUCAGACCAAUCAUGUUAAAUGGUCAAACAGUCUCUCCGAGUCGUACAGAUUGGAGUGCGGAGUGAGGCAGGGAGGGUUAUCGUCUCCGAAGCUCUUCAACCUGUAUGUUAACGAUCUCUUAGUGGAGCUCAGCAGCAUGCGUGUUGGAUGCCGUGUGGGUGGUGUUUGUAUCAAUAGCAUCAGCUAUGCGGAUGACAUGGUGUUGCUGGGUCCCACUGUAAAUGCGAUAAGAGAGAUGUUGAAGGUCUGCGAGACUUACGCUGCCUCGCAUGGUCUCGUAUACAACACUGAAAAAAGUCAAUACAUGGUCUUUAGGGUCGCUGGCAGGUGUCCGGAAUCUAUCCCUGCAAUAAACUUAAAUGGAUCGGAGCUAAAGCGGGUUUAUCAGUUUAAAUACCUAGGGCAUAUUCUUGCCGACGACCUUAAGGAUGAUCUAGACAUAGAGAGGGAGCGUAGGGCUUUGGCGGUGCGCGGCAAUAUGCUGGCUCGUAGAUUUGCCCGCUGUUCGGACCAGGUCAAGAUAACAUUAUUUAAAGCGUAUUGCCAGGGUCUGUACACGGGUGGUCUGUGGAUUAGGUAUGCCAAAAAAUCGUUAAACACCCUGCGAGUCCAGUACAAUAACGUUUUCAGGAUGAUGUUGGCACUCCCCCGCUUCUGUAGUGCUUCUGGCAUGUUUGCACAGACCAGAACUGAUGGUUUUCAUGCCAUAGUUCGGAAAAAAGUAGCGUCGCUGAUAGGAAGGAUACGGAGAAGUGACAACAGCAUCCUGAGAACGGUGGCAGAUGAUCCGCAUGCGCCUAUUGUGAGGCACUUCGUGCGAACGAUGACUCAUACAGAGGAUGGUUAUUCUUCUAGGUGUCGACCGCACGGAGUGCCUCUCAGGUACAUGACAAAUUAG